AUGAGGAAUGCAGCUCCUGAUGGUGGUGGUGGUGGUGGUGGUGGUGGUGGUGGUGGUGGUGGUGGUGGUGGUGGUGGUGGUGGUGGUGGUGGUGGUGGUGGUGGUGGUGGUGGUGGUGGUGGUGGUGGUGGUGGUGGUGGUGGUGGUGGUGGUGGUGGUGGUGGUGGUGGUGGUGGUGGUGGUGGUGGUGGUGGUGGUGGUGGUGGCGGUGGUUGGGAGGGUGGGAGUGGGGGAAGGUGGGAGGGAGCAUGCAUGGAGGCAUUAGCAAUGGAAAGAGGAGGAGGGAAAGCUGGUUCGCGAGGCGGGAGGAGGGAGCGCGCACAGCCGCAACACUCAUGA